CCCAGUCUUUCAUUCUUUAACAGCCAAUUCACUCUUUCAUUGCUUCACUCAGUGCAGCUAAACUUCAGUGUUGACAUCUAUGAGCGGAUUUUAGACUCAUUUGAACUGAACUAAGAGGAACAUGCUCAACAAUAGCUGAAGGACUUUAAAUGUUCAACAGGUGACGUUUGAUGCUCAUAAGAAUCGAGACAUGACCUAAAAACCCACUGACUGAUGAACAUGAGGUCCAGAAUGAAAGGAGUUUUUUGUUGUGGCAUUUUGCCGCUGUUUCUCUGGACAUUUGUAAGCGGACAAGCGUCCUGUCCUAUCGAGAUCAACAGAACAGAGCUACAAACUUCAUAUGAAAAACCAACCAAGCUGACCUUCAACAGUGCCUUUAUGUCUCCAAUUGUACAUUCAUUCCUGGGAUCUGUCCAGCCCAAAGCAUUCCCUAAAGAUCUGCUGAUUAGAAUGAUAAAAGAUAACGAUUACAGCAUGGAGAGGGUUAAAGAGGUUUUGCUAUAUGAGAUAGGUUUCCUGGUCUGCGUGGCCAUUGGGAUCCUCUACAUUGUCCUGAUGCCUCUAAUUGGCCUAAUCUUUGCCUGCUGUCGUUGCUGUGGUAACUGCGGGGGCCGCAUGGAGCAGAAGCAAUCAUCGAACAUCCACUGCAAGCGAAGAAGCUUUUACUUGGCCACUUUUCUCAUCACUGUACUAAUUCUGGCAGGGAAUGUUUGCAUGUUCCUGAGCAGUACAAUCACUUCAGAGACUGUUAUGCGCAGCCCCACAGAACUCACUGAAGUCUUGGAGAAUGUCAAAAACUAUCUUGACACUAUUCCUAAGCAAAUCGAUCAAAUUAAGAAUGAGAGCUAUGCGACUGUGGAUGCCGUCAAAAGCAAUGUCAAUGAAACAGGGCCUUUGCUUGGUAAAUUAAUCCAAAAUGGUCUUAAAGGUCCCCUCGACCCAGCGUUCAAUUCCAUUACUGAAAUAGCCCACGUGAUAAACAGCACCAGCAAUGAACUGCUGAAGCUUAAUAAAACCUUGGAGCUGUUGAAACCAAAGCUGGAUGUGCUGAAAGCUAAUUUAUCUGCUGUGAGACAGCGGAUUGACAACACUUUGCAUAUGCCAGACUGUGUAAACUGCACUUCCCAGCUACCAGAACUGAACAAACUAUCACUGGAAGGAAGCCUUGACUUUCCUGAUCAAGACGACCUGAGAUCUUCUGUAGACAAGGCUAUAAAUGCUGAUGUCAUUGGACAGGCAAAUAAGGGGAGAGACUUUUUUGACAGCAUUCCAGCAAAGGUGAAUAAUGAGUCCAGACUAAGUGUGCAGGUGGCUCUAUUGCAGCUUGAAAGAAUAAAAACCAAGAUCUCAGGUGUGACCAAAGACCUUCAUCUUGAUGCUUUGAACAAUAUCUCAGCAUUACUAACGGACGUGCGGACAUUGAUCAACGAUAAUUCCCCUUACAUAGAGAGAUCAAGUCAAAUCAGUCGGGCUGUUGGAUUGGUCCUGAGCUGUGUGAUUUUGCUGGUGGUGAUCUGUAACUUUCUGGGUCUGCUGCUGGGUGUAGCUGGACUAAAUCCUAAAGACAAUCCCUCUGAACGUUCUGGCACAUCUAACUGUGGAGGAAUAUUUUUCAUGGCAGGAGUAGGUUUCAGCUUCCUGGUCUCCUGGAUCUUCAUGUUAGUAGUGUUGAUACUUUUCAUAGUGGGAGGAAAUACCUAUACCCUGAUCUGUAAACCAUGGCAAACCAAGGAACUCAUCCAGCUUAUUGACACUCCAGGGCUGAUUCCAGAUCUGAACCUGUCCACGGUCCUGAAUUUGAAAACAAACCUGAAUAUUAUAAAUGUGUACAGUGACUGUCAGAAGAAUAUGCCGUUGUGGACCACAUUUCAUCUGAAUGAGAUCUUCGAUCUAAAUAGUAAAUUAGAUGUUUCACAGUACACUAAUGAGAUUGAUCAGACCUUUAAUGGGUUACAAAUCAACAUAGCAAACAUCACCAUCCUCAGUCCAGAGGUAAAGUCCCAGCUAAACAACUUCUCCAGCAGGACCAGCAGUAUGAACUUCAGCAACAUUAUACAUCAGAUUAAUGACUUGUCAGGGAAUGAUCUGAGCUCAGUAGCAGAAAGUCUGGAUGUCUUGGCUGGCAAACAGAGUAACCAAGCUAAAAAAGAUGAACUGCACGGGGAAGCAAAAGAUCUGCGUGACAUCCAGACUGACGUCAUGUCUAACAUUAUGCCUUUGCUGAAGGAGCUGAACAGCACUGUUAAGAAUCUCAGUGAAGAAGCAUCACAAAUCACUGCAGCUAUGGAAAAUGUUUUCAAAGAAGUUGGCUAUGCUCAGGACGUCCUGAACUACAACAUAUCAAAAAUAGUGCAAACUGAAAGCAGGGCAUUCGUAGACUGUCAGAUAAAAAUCUUUCAGACAUUUCUUUACUGGGCAAAUCAAACGAUCACAGAGAAGGUGGGUCGUUGUGGGCCUGCAGCUGCAGCAGUAGACAGAUCAGAGGAGCUCGUCUGUAAACACUUGGUAGAAUCUUUGAAUGCCUUUUGGUUGAGUUUGGGCUGGUGUAUGAUGUUCCUGAUCCCCAGCAUCAUUUUCUCAGUUAAACUGGCCAAGUACUACCGCAGGAUGAAGUAUUCAGAUGCUUAUGAGAACAAUAACUUCAUGAUGAAUCCUUUCCCAAAGGCCCACCUCAAACCUGAAUUAUUGGGAAAUGGCAAACAACCACAUUUUACAUAAGCACAUAAAUAAAAAUGACUGUUAAGUUAUAAAAAUUGACCCACAGAUCAAUUAAUUGACAAGUAUAGACAAUGUUUAGCUUCUUUGUACCCCUUUCUUUGUUUUUAGUGCAGUAGAUUAUCAUAAAUUCACUUUGGAUCAAAUUAUUUUAGCUCUUGAUAUUUAAAUGAAAAGCACAACUUUACUGUUACAACUGUAAUAUGUUUUUGUAUUGUAAGGCAUUAAUGGGAGUUAAAGCUUUAGAACGCACUUUACGUGGUCCUGUAGGCAUUGAAAUUUAUUUAUGCCAUUUUUCAAUAAGAAAUAUGGGUAUGCUGUUAUAGAUAUACUGCUGGCAUAUAUUUUAUAUAAAACAACCUUUCUAUUAGAUUGUCCUAAUAAUGAAUUUAGCUCAUGAGUUACUGUGGAGACUGUGAUUGUAUAAACCAGCAAGAAGUGGCCUCUUUUUGAAGUGUUGUGCUCUGAGGCCUGUUAAACAUUUCUAUCUUAUGUCAUGUAUUAAUUACAAUCAUAAUAAAAGGUGCUGACACUACCAUGCUGAA